AUGAUGAAGUUUGUAAAACAUGGUAUAAAAUCUUUUAUACUUGAUUGUGAAGUUGUUGCAUGGGAUCUAGAAAAAGAUUGUCUUCUUCCUUUUCAAGUGUUAAGUACAAGGAAAAGAAAAGAUGUUAAAGGAUCAGACAUAAAAGUCAAAGUUUGUUUGUUUGCAUUUGACCUAUUAUAUCUAAAUGGAGAGUCACUUCUCAAGAAACCAUUAAUUGAAAGGCGUGAACUAUUGUAUAAUUCUUUUCAAGAAAUCAAAGGAGAAUUUGCCUUUGCACAUGAAAUUAUUGCAACUAACACUGAGGAAAUCCAAUCAUUUCUUGAUGAGAGUGUUAAAAAUAAUUGUGAAGGAACAGGAGAUUCUUUGGACCUUGUGGUUAUUGGUGCAGAUUAUGGAAGAGGAAAACGUACCAAUUUUUAUGGAACUUUUCUUCUUGCAUGCUUUGAUCCAGAUAAUGAAGAGUACCAAACAAUUUGUAAGCUUGGUACAGGAUUUUCUGAUGCAGAUUUAGAAACUCAUUACAAAUUCCUUAAGGAACAUGAAAUUGAAGGAGCUAAAAGUUAUUAUAAUUAUGAUAAAGCAACUAAACCUGAUGUUUGGUUUGAACCUUGUCAAGUCUGGGAAAUAAAAGCAGCAGAUAUUAGUAAAUCUCCUAUAUAUAAAGCUGCAAUAGGACAAGCUGAUCCAUCUAAAGGUGUUUCAUUACGUUUUCCACGUUUUGUUAGAAUAAGAACUGAUAAGAAACCUGAAGAAGCAACUACUAAUGAUCAAGUGGCUGAUAUGUAUAAUUCCCAAUUUAAUAAUGGUGCUGAAUAA